AUGGACCGCGCCAUUGGCUUGCUCGAUUUCUGCGGAGGGCGCCUGCAGAUUGUAUGCUUGUUGGAUGCAGCCUCUCUCGGCCGCGUGCUGCGCUGCAGCAAGGCGGCACAAGUCGUCGUGAAACAUGAGUGGCGCUGCUGCGAUGGGCGAUUUGAAACUUUCAAUGCGACGCAUCUUGAGAGCGAGCUGGUCGGUCUUUGGAGCAGGUACGGCCAGUCGAUCAGCCAGCUGCCCAUGAAGAAGCCCCGCACGGCUCACGAUGUGUACUGUCUUUGGCCGUCGCGUGACUGGUUCAAGGAAGGCGAGUUACCUUUCACUGAUCUCAUCCAAUUUGAACGAGGUGAUUCAUCGUACAAUGUUUGGAUUCUCGACCUUCUCACUGCACUUCCUCUCCUCGGACGCCUGGUGAGCGACUUGUAUAUCCGAUCAAACUCGAAAGCGGUUUUCCAGAUGAGAGGGCGUAAUGAUGCACCUGGUGCAGCCGAAUUUCUCCAAGCGCUGAAGGAGCAGUCUGAGCGGAAGGCCGCAGCCGAGCUGAGUUUGAAGAGGUGCUACAACGAAGGCCGUGGCUUCGUCAUGGAAUCCGUGUUCAUGACAUGGGACAGGAAGGAGCUGUGGAUUUAUGGUGAGAUUCGACUUGUCCCGAGCGACGACACGGUGUCCCGUCAACAUGGUGGCCCUUGGUCUCUGCAAGCGGAUGCUAGUGACAGCCGAGGCCCAGAAGUGCCGAGAUUCGGAUGGAAGAUCUGCGAGAUGUACGGGGCUGAGAACUUCCGCAACUGGACACCUUGCACGUGUGGCGAAAUUUACCGUGGAUCGAAGGCCACGGCUGCUGCCAUCUUUGUUGCGGAGGAGCGCGAGGCUCUCAACAGCCCAUCCAAUGUCCAGAAGCUGGGCAGGUCCCGGCGGCAUCAGGAUGUCCCGCACAAGGAAGUCUGGGCCAACACCUGCCAGUCCAAUCUCCUUUUCGAGGUGUGGAGACCGCCAGAGCUGGUCAAGGACUGGGAGUGGGAGCUGCCGGCGCCGCCGGCCUCUCUACCCGCUAGUGCCGCCAGGGUGAAGCCGGGGCGCUUGAAGCGUUCUUGGACUGUCAGUUCCGAGCAAUGGAUGCCUACAUCCACGAGAGGCGAUGAGCCACCAACCCGCACCGCCUCUGCAGGGAUCAGGUGUUGCACUUCUCGCCGAGGUGCGUGGCUCUCUGACAACGGGGAGUUUGUGCGGCCAACGCCUUUGAAGGCGCGCAUUCGCAUGGAAGCUCCGGUCCCGUCGCCGUCGCCACCUGCCACGUUUCACCAACGUGCAGCUACGGCCGCGGCAUGGGUGUUCGGCAGACGCCAGGUCCCCGAGCCUGUCAAUACUCUGAGCCAGGAUCAGGACCCAGAAGCUCAGGCGGACCUGCUGGUGACUGAAAUGCGGGAGCAACUGAAGCACACCUGCAAAGAGCCGCUUCAGGUGCGAAAAUUGAUUUUCCGCGAUUUGCAACGGCAACUUCACCCGGACAAAAACACGGAAUGCGAGGAGGCUGCCAAGCAUGCCUUCCAGAAGCUAAUGGAGGAGCGCAGAGCAUACCUUGGUGCAGAGCCGGCCGGGUUCGGGCAGGCAAGUGAAUCAAACAAGUGA